AAGAGAAAGUUGGGACUCACGCAUUCCAUCCUUCGGCGGCUCGAACCGACAUUUCUAUAAAAGCGAACGUCAGCCCAACAGUAGCACACCAUUCAUCUACAACCCAUCGAACCGAACACGCACAAUGAAGCUCAUGCUCGUUCUCUGCUCGCUAGGAGCGCUGCUCCAAGCGUCGAUCGCCACACACGACAUCAACGUGCCGGUGCUGGUACCGGUGCCCCACAUCAAGAAGGUCCCGUUCAGCAUCCCCAAGAUCGAACGCACCAAGGGCGAAAUCAUCAAGCACGUACCGGAAGCGGUCAUCAAGCGCGUCCCGGUGGAGAAGCACGUUGAGGUGGAGAAGGAGGUGGAGGUGGUGAAGCAUGUGCCCGUCACGAAGGAGGUUGUGGUCGAGCGGCCGGUUGAGGUGAUACGCGAAGUUCCGAUCGAGAAGGUGGUGAUCGAAAAGGUCGAGGUACCGUACGAGGUGAUCAAGCACGUGGAAAAGAUCAAGCACAUCCCGGUCGAGAAGCACAUCGAGGUGAUCAAGGAGGUGGAGGAGAUCCGCGAGGUACCGUACAAGCGGUACGUGUUCAACAAGAAGCCCUUCCCGGUGCCGUACAACGAGCCGGAGGAGGUACAGGUGCCGUACACCGUGCCGGCACCGGUCGCACCGGUUGUCGCUGUGGUUGAACCGGCGGAACCGACGCUGAAGGAGAAGUUCCACAAUCUGCUACCGCAGGCAGGCAGCUAUCUGCCCGAUCCGGUAGGAUUUUUCAAGAAAAUGGUGAACCAUUAAGAAUUGAUGGCGUGGAAUGGCGUGGAAUGAAACUUGAAUAAAGAUAUUUAUUAUACCAGAUAACAAAACUAGAAAAAAACUUUCGUAUGUUUUUGUAUUGUAUAAUUAUUAUUUUAAAUAUUUUAUUGUAUGAUGAUAAACAGGUUUUGGUAAGCAAUAAGGCCAAGUC